AUGAGAUUCUUAAACGCCGUCUUGGCCGCGGUGGCCAUCAAUGGUGUCACCGCCAGCACAUGGUUCCCUGGCUCAAAGCCUGUUUACAACAAAUGGCACGAGACCGAGCUGGAGCGUUGGCUCGCAGAUCACGAUGUCCCCUACCCAACACCUGCCGAUCGCAAGGAUCUCGAGUCUUUAAUUGAGAAGAACUGGGAGAACUACGUUGUUUCUCCUUACAACAGCUGGGACACCAACCAGCUUAGCUCUUACCUGCAAUCAAAGGGUAAGGAGGGCAAGAACGAGGCCGCUGCCUCAAAGGAUAGCCUUUUGUCCCAAGUAAAGGCCAACUGGUAUGAGACUGAGGGCAACGCCCAAUCUGCCUGGCUCAACGUCAAGGAUUGGAUUCUCGACACUUGGACUGAGAGCCA